AUGGGUGCUGAGCAUUCGAAAACAAAAUCGCAAAACUAUGUGAAUCUUGGAAAGGGCAGGGUUGACGAGGUUAGAGCUCAACUGAAGAGGUUGGGUGUGGGAGAAUCCUUGGAUUUGAAGUCUUUCGAGGUUGGUUUUUCAUUUUUCAACACGAAUCACGUGAAGAUAAUAGCUUUAACGCCAAAUAUCAAAGAAGAUAAAUUCUAGGUUAAAACUAUGAAUAUGGUAAGGGGCAGCUUUUGUUCCUUUUUGUGAGGAUUUUUCAAAGAAAGUGAUGCAUAACUUGAAAUAAAACUAGAAAACACCUUAAAAUUCAAAAAAAAAAAGUUCAUAAGUUCCUAUUGUUCAUUAUUAGAAAGUCUACCCCGGCCUCCGACAGAUCGGCCCCAAUUUUAUCGAGAAAUUCGGCAAAAACGGCCAUUUACCAGUUUCACAAGUGCUCAACUUUGCUGAUAAUAUGUUGUCGGACCAUCAAAGCUUCUCUCAAGCGCUCCUGACGAUUUUCGAAACCCCUGAGGAAGUUCUGCAUGACAUUUUUUCCCAAGAAUUAUUUAAAUUCAGACAAUAUCCGUUGUCACUUCACUUUUCGGCUCCCAAAACGACUUUUCCUAUGGUCAAAUUGAGGCUUUAACUCAGUACUGGAAUUCGUUGCAAAGACACGAUUCCGCGACAUUCUACAAGUUUUUCAAUGAACAUCCGUAUUUUUACCAAGUUUGGGACGAAAAGUUCUACAGUCAGACUUGAUUUUCAGAUGAGUGAGAGCGUAUUUUCUCAGUUGAUUUUUCUGAAAGGAGUCAAUUUAUUGCCAAGAACAAUUGGAAAAGUCGAUUUGAUGGAUGAAAGUGCAAUUUUAAUGGUUUGCUCCAAUCUGCCAAAUGACAAGCAGCAGGAAUGGACCCAGCUUUUCUCGAGGUAUGGAUCUGUUGAAAAAGCGUUGAAAAUGUUAACAUAGCCCAAUCAGCUUGUUACUAUUUUGAUUUCCCCCCUAGCUGUUGAAAAUUCUCUUUGAAAAGCGCGACCUGUCUCUGUAGAUGCGCCUUUAAUAUAGCGGAUUUUUUUUUUCAAACAAAAGGCGCAUGCAGAGAGGUCGGCCGCGCGAACCGAAAGGAAAACUUCCCAGAAGAGUUCUGUAGCUCGAAAGAAAAUAAAAAUGGAAACAAGCUGGCCCGGAAUGGGCAAUAACUUGAAUUAAGAACCAGUUAAAACCGUAGCAAUAAUUAUGUAGCGUGAGCCACGGUUCGUCGUUCUCGCGGAUGAUGUCGGCGGUAAACGACGCCGGGCCUUGUGUCGUCACCAUCGAAUCCAACAGCGGAAACGUCUUCGGAUUCUACGCUUCAGAUGGUUCUUUUUUUAUCAAAUAUUCUUCUGAAAGUGCCGCUAUACUUUGUGUUUUCCUUCUAACCAAGUGAAGUUUCGGGAUCGGUUUGCAGGUUUCCACGCGGGACCCAACUACCUCGGCAACGAGACCUGCUUCCUUUUCCAGGUCCGACCUCAACUUCGAACCUUUUUUGCCACCGGCAGAACCCGCAACUACGCCUACUUGAACUUCCAGCAGCAAAGUCUGCCGAACGGAUUGGUUUUUCAUGAACCUCACAGCGACAAAGUGGUCAUUUAAGGGCCUAGGCGGCACUGGCGAUGUCUGGCCGAUAUUCCUACAUGAAGAGUACGGCACUGGAAGCUCUCAGGCCAAUUCUUCACAUUUCGACAAAUGUCAUAUCGCUGGCGAGGAGAAUUUCGGGAUAAGGUAUAUUUGGUUUAAGGUUUCAGAGGAUCAAGAACGAAAAUUAUUUAUUUACUGAUUUUUGUCUUUGCUGUACUUUUUCGUUAGGGAAAUUUAUCUAGAUUUAAUAUUUCCUAUUUUUUUGUUAUAUUUCGGUUUUUAUCGAUUAAUUUUUAUGAAGGAAAAAAAUAAGAAAAAAAUCAAAAAGUUAAAAAAAUCAAAAUUAAAUGAGUACAAAAAACACAAAACCCUCACAGCUUGAGACAUUUUUCAAACAAUUUAAUUUUUUUUUAAAUGUUUUUCAACUUCGUUGGUCAAAAAUGGGGAAAUUUCAGAAAAUUAGAAGUUUGGAGAGUCGGCGCGAAGCCGAGAAGCGCACAUGAGGAUGAAAACGGCGUGAUUAGUGAGAAAUCGAUUCUCGACAAGGUUUAUUCAUUUUUUAAAUUCAAAUCUCAAGUUCCUUAGGACCCCGAAGCCCGCGCGAUGCUGGAAAUGGCUGGCAGGGGACUGAAAUCGGACGCCUACAGAGAUCCAGCGCCGCUACUCGGUGAAAAUGAAUAG